AUGUCUGCACUCCGGAUCCUCGUGCCCGUCAAGCGGGUUAUUGACUAUGCCGUCAAGCCGCGGGUCAACAAGGCGCAGACGGGAGUCGAGACGGCGGGCGUCAAGCACUCGAUGAACCCGUUUGACGAGCUCUCGAUCGAGGAGUCUGUGCGGAUCCGCGAGAAGAAGCGUGCGCCGGGGGGCGUCGAGGACAUUUGCGCCAUCUCGGCGGGACCGGCCAAGGCGCAGGACAUCUUGCGGACGGCCAUGGCCAUGGGAGCAGACCGGGCGAUCCACGUCGAGGUCAAGGAGGGUGAGGAGCUGGAGCCGCUGAUGGUGGCCAAGCUGCUCAAGAAGGCGGCGGAGCAGCAAAAGAGCAACCUGGUGGUGCUGGGCAAGCAGAGCAUCGACGACGACGCGGGCCAGACGGGCCAGAUGCUGGCCGGGCUGCUGGGGUGGCCGCAGGCGACGCAGGCGAGCAAGGUCGAGUUUGGCGAGGGCGACAGCGUCGUGGUGACGCAGGAGGUGGACGGGGGCGUCGAGACGAUCCGGGCGAAGCUGCCCAUGGUUGUGACGACGGACCUGCGGCUCAACGAGCCGCGCUACGCGAGCCUGCCCAACAUUAUGAAGGCCAAGAAGAAGAAGCUGGAAAAGAUGACGCUCGAGGACUUUGGGCUCGCCAACGAGAAGCGGCUCAAGGUGCUCAAGGUGACGGAGCCGCCGGCACGACAGGGCGGUGGCAAGGUCGAGGACGUGGACGGGCUGGUGAGCAAGCUCAAGGAGAUGGGUGCUCUAUAG